AUGGAUUCCAUCAAGCAGGGUGCCAACUACGUCGGCGAGAAGGUCCAGCAGGCUACCUCUGGAGCCUCCAAGGAAGCCAACAAGAACGUCGCCAAGGACAGCAACGCCCCCGUCGGCACUCGUGCCUCCGCCGCCAAGGACGCUCUCGGCGACAAGGUUGACGAGUCCAAGCACGACACCAAGGGCGAGGCCCACAAGCAGGCUAUCUAA